AUGGGUCAGACUAAGCUGCUUGAAUCGAAGGUGCUUCUCAUCGGUGCAGGCGGACUUGGGUCACCGGCAGGGUUGUACCUAGCCGCAGCUGGCAUCGGAACGCUCGGAAUCGUUGACGACGAUAUUGUAGAUGUGAGUAACCUCCAACGACAGGUUCUUCACGGAACGAGCGAUGUGGGCAAACUGAAAACAGAAUCCGCAAAGGAAACGCUUGCGGACAUCAAUCCCGAUGUUAAAGUUGUCACGCAUACCGAGAAGAUUGUUUCAGCAAAUGCUUUUGAAAUCCUUGAGGGUUAUGACCUAAUUGUUGAUGGGUGUGAUAAUUUGCCGACCCGCUACCUGCUGAAUGAUGCCAGUGUGAUGCUUGGCAAACCGAUUGUACAUGGCAGCAUCUUCCAGUUUGAAGGACAGGUAACUGUCUUCCAUCCCGGCAAGGGACCGUGUUAUCGCUGUCUUUACCCAUCGCCCCCGCCACCUGAUAUGGUGCCGAGUUGUCAAGAAGCGGGUGUGAUCGGCGUGCUGCCGGGCAUUGUCGGGAAUAUACAAGCCGUCGAAGCCAUCAAAGUUCUACUGGAUAUUGGGAAACCGUUGAUCGGUCAACUCCUUCUGUUCAAUGCUUUAUCAAUGGAGUUUAAGAAACUGACGCUUCGUCAAGAUCCUGAAUGCCCCGCCUGUGGUAAGAACCCGACGAUUCACGAACUGAUUGAUUAUGAGGAGUUUUGCCAAGUGCGUUGGUAA